AAAACUAGAAACGCUCCCGAGUAGUACUAGAGAGAAAAAGCAGAGCGGAAAAGAGACACCAAACAAAAGAAGAAGACUUUAUCUUUCUUUUUUCUUUUGUUGCUUUUUUGACUUUAUGAGUUGUUUUUGUUUUAGAUUUAGUCUCCUACGGAUCUGCUUGACCCCUUUGUGAUCUCCGGAGGAUUGGAGUUCUUGAACCAGACCCAGAUUCUGUUCUGCUUUUUUUCGCUGAGCUUCUGGGUUUGGUCGGAGAAAAGCUUAAGUUAGGUGGAUUUGUGAUUUAAGCUUCAGGGUUAUCAUGUACGUGUCUGAAAGUGAGUGGAGUCUCUCUCAUCUCACUCUCAAAGCUCUCCUUGUGAGAUUUUUAGGCAUUUAGAGUUUGAUCUUUAACAAAGAAAGAGAAAAAAAAAUGUCGUUUAGGAGCAUUGUUCAAGAUUUGAGAGAUGGGAUUGGAAGCUUGUCCAAGAGGAGUUUCGAUUUCAGGCUACACAAAGGCAAAUCUCAGGGCUCUUCUUCGUUCCGUGAGUACUCGUCUUCACGUGACCUCUUGUCCUCACCUCUGAUAGUUCAGACAAGCAGAUGGGCUAAUCUCCCUCCUGAGCUUCUCUUAGAUGUGAUCAGAAGACUAGAGGAGAGCGAGAGUAACUGGCCCGCAAGGAAACAUGUAGUGGCUUGUGCUUCUGUUUGUCGUUCCUGGAGAGCUAUGUGCCAAGAGAUCGUCCUAUCUCCUGAAACCUGCGGGAAGCUCACCUUCCCCGUUUCCCUCAAACAGCCAGGGCCGCGUGAAACGAUGGUUCAGUGUUUCAUCAAAAGGGAUAAAUCAAAGCUAACGUUUCAUCUCUUUCUUUGUUUAAGUCCUGCUCUUAUGGUGGAGAAUGGGAAGUUCCUUCUUUCAGCUAAACGAACUAGAAGAACUACUAGAACCGAGUACAUUAUCUCCAUGGAUGCUGAUAACAUCUCAAGAUCUAGCAACUCUUACCUCGGAAAGCUCAGAUCAAACUUUCUUGGGACAAAGUUCUUGGUUUACGACACACAACCACCACAAAACACACCAUCUUCUUCUUCAAGUGCCCUUAUCACUGACCAAACAAGUAGAAGCAUGUUCCACUCCAAAAGAGUAUCUCCCAAACUCCCCCCAUCAGGAAGCUACAACAUUGCUCAAAUCACAUACGAGCUCAACGUGUUAGGCACACGCGGGCCACGGAGAAUGCACUGCGCCAUGAACUCCAUCCCAGCUUCAUCUCUCGAACCAGGCGGCUCUGUCCCGAACCAACCCGAUAAACUCCUCCCCGGCCCUCUCGACGAGUCCUUCCGCAGUAACAUCUCCUUCUCAAAGUCAUCGCUCGACUACCGUUUCGUAGACUUCAGCAGCACUAGAUUCUCCGAGAUGGGAAUGGGAGUAGUUUCAUGCGUGGAGGAGGAGGAGGACCAAGAAGAAGAGACGAGUUUCAGACCGUUGGUGUUGAAGAACAAGCAGCCUAGGUGGCACGAGCAGUUGCAGUGCUGGUGUUUGAACUUCCGUGGACGUGUGACGGUUGCUUCCGUUAAGAAUUUCCAGCUUGUGGCCGCGAGACAGCCGCAGACACAAGGGGGGACAGCAGGAGGGGCUGCUGCACCGUCUCAUCCUGAGCAAGACAAAGUGAUACUUCAGUUCGGUAAAGUGGGGAAAGAUAUGUUCACGAUGGAUUAUAGGUAUCCAUUGUCAGCGUUUCAAGCGUUUGCGAUUUGUUUAAGCAGCUUUGACACCAAGCUCGCUUGUGAAUAAAGAAGAAGAGACACUCAGUCAUCUCCGUGCUAAUCCUUAUGUCUCUCUCUUUAUUAUACUGGCAAAAGAUCAAUGUCUUAAUACUUUAAUACUCAGUGGGUUACUGUGGUGAGAGUGAGACAUCAGUUGAACAUUUAACAGGCAAUAUCUAUUAUAUUAAAACAGAAGUUAUCA